CACGUUAUGGCCACACUGCAUUGCGACAAAAGUUGCAACUCACUAUUUUUUCCGGAUUUAAUUUAUAUUAAGCGUUGCACAGCUGAAAGUAAAGCGUAAAUCCUUGAGCAAAAUGACCGUAACCGCCACCCCGCUGCCCGACAAUCUGCGGGUGAAAGCCUUCUCCGAGUACAGAAAGAAGUUGCUGGAGCACAAGGAAAUCGAAGGACGCCUCAAAGAAAAGCGCGAGGAGAUCAAGGAGCUAACCAAGCUGUACGACAAGUCGGAGAACGACCUGAAGGCCCUGCAGAGCGUGGGACAGAUCGUCGGCGAGGUGCUAAAGCAGCUGACCGAGGAUAAAUUCAUUGUAAAGGCAACCAAUGGACCCCGCUACGUGGUCGGCUGCCGCAGGCAGCUGGACAAAGCCAAGCUGAAGUCCGGUACUCGUGUGGCCCUCGACAUGACCACCCUGACCAUUAUGCGCUACUUGCCGCGCGAAGUGGACCCACUGGUGUACAAUAUGUCGCACGAGGAUCCCGGCGAUGUCACCUACUCGGCCAUUGGCGGCCUCACGGAGCAAAUCCGCGAGCUGCGCGAGGUGAUUGAGCUGCCCCUGCUGAAUCCGGAGCUCUUCCUGCGCGUCGGCAUCACCCCACCGAAGGGUUGUCUGUUGUACGGACCCCCUGGCACCGGAAAGACGCUGCUGGCCCGUGCGGUGGCCUCCCAGCUGGACGCCAACUUCCUCAAGGUCGUGUCCUCGGCGAUUGUGGACAAGUAUAUUGGCGAGAGUGCCCGUCUCAUUCGCGAGAUGUUCAACUAUGCCCGUGACCAUCAGCCCUGCAUCAUUUUCAUGGACGAGAUCGACGCCAUCGGCGGCCGUCGCUUCUCCGAGGGCACCUCUGCCGAUCGCGAGAUCCAGCGCACACUUAUGGAGCUGCUCAACCAGAUGGACGGCUUCGAUUCGCUUGGCCAGGUCAAGAUGAUCAUGGCCACCAAUCGACCGGACACCCUGGAUCCCGCCCUGCUGCGCCCGGGUCGCUUGGACAGGAAGAUCGAGAUUCCGCUGCCCAACGAGCAGGCUAGGUUGGAAAUCCUCAAGAUUCACGCCCUAAAGAUCGCGAAGCACGGCGAAAUUGACUACGAGGCCAUUGUCAAGCUGUCGGACAACUUCAACGGCGCGGAUCUGCGUAAUGUCUGCACGGAGGCAGGUCUCUUUGCCAUUCGUGCCGAGCGGGAGUACGUCAUCCAGGAGGACUUUAUGAAGGCGGUGCGCAAGGUGUCGGACAACAAGAAGCUGGAGAGCAAGCUGGACUACAAGCCCGUCUAGGAACCCCCUCCCGCCGCCCAUAGAGAUAACCAUUCACCAUUUACACACAUAUACAGAUAUAUAUAUAUAUUAUGCCCACAACGGGCCUGUCACACAAAGUCCGUUGCUUCUUCUCCAUAUGCUAAUUAAAUGCUAUGUAAAGAUUA